AUGGUCGGAGGCGGUGGCCGUAGAGGCAAUAGGAUUUCUGCGAUCAUGACACCACGGUUGUGGUUGGGCGUGUGCUUUUGCUUGAUGAUAACCGCCGACGUAACUCGAGCUCAAUUCAACACCGAUCCAGUUGAAGCGAGAGUUAUAAAUGCAAUGUUCGGUCAAUGGGAGAUAUCUGAAAGUGCAGUAACAGCGAUGGGAUGGAACAUAAGCGGAGAAUUAUGCAGCGGCACUGCCGUUGACACUACCACCGACUUCGAUUCCCAGGGUUACAAUCCCGCCAUCAAAUGCGACUGUAAUAUCCCAAAUGCUACUGCUUGCCACAUCACCCGAUUAAAAGUUUAUUCAAUGGACGCUGUGGGCCCGAUCCCAGAAGGACUCUGGACUUUGAGAUACCUUACCAAUCUUAAUUUGGCCCAGAACUACUUGACAGGUCCCUUGUCACCUUCUAUUGGCAAUUUAACUCGGAUGCAGUACAUGACUAUCGGUACCAAUGCGUUAUCAGGGCAGGUUCCACCAGAGCUUGGGCAGCUUACUGAUCUUAGAUCACUGGGAUUUGGCUCAAAUAAUUUUAAUGGUUCUCUGCCAUCUGAACUUGGAAAUUUAAGAUUAUUAGAACAAAUUUACUUUGAUAGUGCUGGAGUUGGUGGUGAAAUACCUCCUUCAUUUGCUAAUUUACGGAACAUGCAGACAGUAUGGGCUUCUGAUAAUGGAUUCUCAGGCAGAAUACCGGACUUUAUAGGAAAUUGGUCACAGUUACGAUCAUUGAGGUUUGAGGGGAACUCUUUUGAAGGUUCAAUACCACCUUCAUUUUCUAAUCUGACCCUUUUACAGGACCUGAGGAUAAGUGGUUUAUCUAAUGGAACUCUGGAUUUCAUUAGGGAUUUGAAGUCCCUCAAUGUUCUAAUGUUGAGGAAUAACAGAAUUUCUGGCUCUAUUCCAUCUGACAUAGGAGAAUAUGUAAACUUGACGCAACUGGAUUUGAGUUUUAACAAUUUGAGUGGGCCAAUUCCAAGUGCAUUGUUCAACUUGAGCCAAAUGUCUUUUCUGUUUCUUGGAAACAAUAGUUUAAGUGGUACUCUUCCAGAUGUAAAGACUACAACUCUCCGAAAUAUUGAUUUGUCAUACAAUGUACUAUCUGGGACACUUCCUUCUUGGGUCAAUGAACCAACCUUACAACUUAACAUAGUUGUGAACAACUUCAAUCUAAAUGGUUCAAACAGUGGUUUUCCUUUAGGUUUAAAUUGUCUCCAAAGGGAUUUCCCUUGUGAUCAUGGAACGCCAAGAUAUACUAACUUUGGAAUCAAUUGUGGUGGUCCACAAAUCACAUCCUCAAAUAGAACAGUCCACGAACAAGAAAACGAACCUUUAGGACCGGCAACAUACUAUUUGACUCCCGAAAGGAGGUGGGGUGUCAGCAACGUGGGACAAAGGGACAACCCCAUAUACACAGUCUCCACUACACGCGACUUCACAAACACUUUAGAUCCAGAACUUUUCCAAACAGCAAGACUCUCUGCUGGAUCUUUAAGAUAUUAUGGUUUAGGUCUUGAAAAUGGUAACUACACUGUAAACCUCCGGUUUGCAGAACUUGUAAUAGAAGAUGGUUCCACUUGGAGAAGCCUUGGAAGGCGCAUAUUUGACAUUUAUAUCCAGGGAUACAGGGUGUUUGAAGAUUUUGAUAUAAAAAAGGCAGCAGGGGGAGCUUCUUUUAGUCCUGUUACAAGGGAGGUGACGGUUGAGGUUAUAAAUAACUACCUUGAGAUUCAUCUAUUAUGGACUGGAAAAGGAACUUGUUGUGUACCUAAUCAAGGAAAUUUUGGACCUCUUAUCUCAGCAAUCAGUGCUACACCAAAUUUCAUCCCCAAUGUCGGUGUGAGCAACAAUCCACCUUCCAACAAGAAGAAGAAGAAGAAGAAGAAUACCGGUUUGAUUGUGGUGUGGAUUUUGGCUCCGAUUGCAGUUGUGGGCUUUUUGACAUUAUUAGUCCUGUAUAUUCGUUGCCGGCGAAGCAAACAGAGGGAUACACCAGGCAAUUAUGAUGAAGAGUUUCUGGGAAUUGACACCAAGCCAUAUACUUUUAGUUAUGGAGACUUGAGAGAUGCAACAGAUGAUUUUAGUCCUACCAAUAAGCUGGGCGAGGGUGGUUUUGGACCUGUUUACAAGGGAACACUUGAUGAUGGAAGAGUAAUAGCUGUGAAACAACUCUCCAUAGCCUCACACCAAGGCAAGUCCCAAUUUGUUGCAGAAAUCGUCACAAUAUCAGCAGUCCAACACCGUAACCUCGUGAAACUCUAUGGAUGUUGCAUCGAUGGAGAAAAACGUCUUCUUGUAUAUGAGUAUCUUGAAAACAGAAGUCUUGACCAAGCAUUAUUUGGAAGCAACAAAUUGUCGCUUACAUGGUCCACCCGUUUUGACAUAUUAAUGGGGUUAGCACGGGGUCUCGCGUAUCUCCAUGAGGAAUCUUGCAUACGGAUUAUACACAGAGAUGUGAAAUCCAGCAAUGUUUUGCUUGAUUCUGAUAUGAACCCUAAGAUAUCAGAUUUUGGGCUGGCCAAGCUUUAUGAUGACAAAGAAACACACUUGAGUACACGUGUUGCAGGCACAUUUGGGUAUCUAGCGCCAGAGUAUGCAAUGCGUGGACACCUCACAGAAAAGGCUGAUGUGUUUGGGUUUGGAGUUGUGGCUCUAGAGAUUAUCAGUGGAAGACCCAAUUCCGAUUCAGGUUUGGAAGAUGAGAAAAUAUAUCUUCUUGAAUGGCAACCGGUGGUGAAGCUCCACCGAUCUAGUGACUACCUCACCUUCCACCACCUAGUGUUGCCGCUUGAAAUCACCACCAGCCACCACCUUGCUUCUUUGACUAGCAAAAAAAACAGAACAUCACAAGAACAAAAGAUGACAGAAGUCGCAAGGGGACACGGAGGAGACGGUGGGGAUAGACCUCCACACGGGAUUGCACGUGGUGUACCAUCGGGUUGCCAAUCUUCAAUGACUGAUUUAGGCCAUGACUGCAGAGGCAACAAGAUUUUUGCAAUGUCAUCGUGGUUGUUGUUGUGGUUGUGCUUGAUGAUCUCCGCCGCCAUAACUCGAGCUCAAAGCACCACCAAUCCAGCUGAAGAAUUGCGUUGUUUUCAAAGAACCAUGACACCGACGAUGACAACAUGUAUACCUCGUCGGGAUGGAAGUGAACACUAG